CACGAGGGACCGGAUGGCAAAGCAGAAAUGAGAGAUCUGACACGAGACUUCAUGGAAACCAAUCCUAGUGUUGUGAACGGCCACCAAGUCUUUGAAGGAGACAUGGUCUUGACGGAGAGCCAGUGGCGAGCGGUCAGGGAGAGGAAGGCCCUUGCAGAACUCUCAGCGCGCUGGCCUGAACAGGGCGGCUUCCCCACCGUGCCCUACUACCUCGACACUACCGACUCCGUCACCGUGGCUGCCAUAAAUGCAGCGAUUGCUCACUGGGAGCAAAACACCUGCAUCAGAUUCCAGCUCACGUCCAACCUCGCUCAACGGCACGUCAGGUUUUUUGAAGGGUCUGGAUGCUGGUCGUAUGUCGGCAUGUUGGCCCAGAAUGGACAAGACAUUUCCAUUGGAAGUGGCUGCAAAGAACUCGGCACCGUCGCCCAUGAGAUCGGCCACGCCAUUGGGUUCGUGCACGAGCAGAGUCGCCCCGACCGUGACGACUAUGUGGUCAUCAAUUAUGGCAACAUCCAAACUGGCAAGGAAAACAACUUCAAUAAGUACAGCACGUCAGUGGUCAACACCUACGGCAUACCAUACGACUACUCAUCCGACAUGCACUACGGCUCUACGGGCUUCACCAACAACGGCAAGACGACCAUCGCCACCCUAUAUCCCUUGGCGCAGGAGCUCAUCGGCCAGCGCACGGGACUCUCUCACAGGGACAUACUAUUGGCCAACACUAUGUACGGCUGCAUCAGUGAGUAUGAUAUAUGAGUAAUUAAGGGGCUA